GAGAUGGCAGCAGCUAAGAAGGAAGAAAUACUUGCUGUAAUGGAUGUUACAAAAUGCCUGUUCCAAUUCACACAAUUCACUGUCCUGAGAUGUGUAAUCGAGCUCGGCAUUCCUGACAUCGUCGAGAACCAUCCCGGGAAGGGCGGCGUGUCAUUGGCUGAGCUGUCGAAAGCAUCGGGGUCCUUGAAACCGUUCCUCUACCGUGUCAUGAGGUUCUUGACUAGCCGCGGCAUCUUCAAAGAGGUGAAAAUGGACGGUCAAGAUUCAUCGAUUGGUUACGCCCACACGCCCUUUUCUCGCCAACUCACCAAGGAUCGUAUGGCUCCGAUAUUUCUAGUCAUGAGUAGUCCCGAGUUGGUUUCCUCGAAGUUGAGCUUGGCCAAGGUGCUCUCGUCGAAAACGGACUAUUCAAAUGGUUUUGAGGCCGCGCAUGGCAUGGAUUUUUGGAAGUAUUCCGCGGCCAAUCCUGCAUUUGGUGAGUUGUUCGCCAACGGUAUGGCGAGCACAGUUAGCCCCCGCAUAUCGUUGGUGCUUGAAAACUACCCCACCGUAUUCGAGGGGAUUGGUUGUGUGGUGGACGUCGGAGGUGGUAAUGCAAAGGCGCUCCGUAUGUUGGUGAAGGCGUGCCCGUGGAUUGUCCGAGCCAUCAACUUUGAUCUUCCCCACAUUGUGGCCUUAGCGGACGGAGGUGAUGAUGGCCGCAUCGAGCAUGUCGGGGGCGACAUGUUUGUCGAAAUUCCGCAUGGUGACGCUAUUUUGAUUAUGUCGGUACUUCAUGAUUGGGACGACGAGGCAUGUGUGAAGAUCUUGAAGAAUUGCAGAGAUGCUAUACCGAAGGAGACGGGAAAAGUGAUUAUUAUGGACUAUGUGAUAAACCACGACAACGACAACGAAGAGUAUCGUUUGGCAAUGGACAUGGAAAUGUUGUCGCAAACCAUUAAUGGGAAAGAGAGGAAUGUAAAGGAAUGGGAUGAUAUUCUAAAGUCUGCUGGCUUCACCAAACACACUAUAAAAAGUAUUCCAGCACCGGUCUCUGUCAUCGAGGCCUAUCCCUAGUUAAGUUUGUAUUAUUUGAACUUUUCAAUUGUCAAAACAAAAAAAAAAAAAAAAAUGUUUAAUAAGUUGAAUGAUUUAAAUUUAAAUAAGACUUUCAAUUAUGUAAUAAACGAAUUUGAUUAUGUUUACGGCCAUGUACUAGAACUAUAUAUAUAUAUACAUACAUAUAGUGUG